GGAUUUUGUACACAGUGUUGAAUGUUGGUGCAGACUCACUCAGAGAAUAAACUGCCCUCCAGGAUGGUUCACCACUGUGGUCAAAGGAUCUUUAAAUCUCAGUUCUGUUCUUUGGUUUUUCAUCACACUGUAAUUUUACUCCUUCUGAUGGACAUUAGGACAGGUCAGAGUCAGACAGUUACUCCAUCUCAAACAGUAAUCACAUCAGUCGGUGAGGACAUUAUCUUGCCAUGCCACCUGGAACCUACAUCAGAUGCUGUUUCUAAGAGUCUGGAGUGGGGGAGACUUGACCUGGAUCCCAGAUUUGUCCAUGUGUGGUAUGAUGGUCAAAACCUUCUGGUUAAUCAAAACCCAUCUUACAAAGGAAGAACAUCACUGUCCACGGAGAAGCUGAAGCAGGGAGACCUUUCACUGAAACUCUCGAGAGUAAAACACUCUGAUAACGGCAGAUACAGAUGCUACUUUCCUUCAGGGCGCAAAGAAUCUGUUGUUGAGCUUAUUGUUGGUUCUCUCUCCUCACCAACAAUAGCAGGGAUCAACAUAAACCGCAGUGCAGUGGCAUUACAGUGUGAGUCUGCAGGCUGGUAUCCAGAGCCUGAGCUGCUGUGGUUGGACAGUGACAGAAACCUCCUCUCUGCUGGACCUACAGAGACCCUCAGAGGUCCUGAUGACCUCUAUACUGUCAGCAGCAGAGUGACUGUGGAGAAGAGACACAGCAACAACAUCACCUGCAGAGUCCAGCAAAGGAAGCUCAACCAGAGCAGAGAGACACACAUACAUGUUUCAGGUCAGAGUCAGACAGUUACUCCAUCUCAAACAAUAAUCACAUCAGUGGGUGAGGACAUUAUCUUGCCAUGCCACCUGGAACCUCCAUCAGAUGCUGUUUCUAAGAGUCUGGAGUGGGGGAGACUUGACCUAGAUCCCAGAUUUGUCCAUGUGUGGUAUGAGGGUCAAAACCUUCUGGUUAAUCAAAACCCAUCUUACAAAGGAAGAACAUCACUGUCCACGGAGAAGCUGAAGCAGGGAGACCUUUCACUGAAACUCUCGAGAGUAAAACACUCUGAUAACGGCAGAUACAGAUGCUACUUUCCCUCAGAACCCCAAGAAUCUGUUGUUGAGCUUAUUGUUGGUUCUCUCUCCUCACCAACAGUAGCAGGGAUCAACAUAAACAGCAGUGCAGUGGUGUUACAGUGUGAGUCUGCAGGCUGGUAUCCAGAGCCUGAGCUGCUGUGGUUGGACACUGAGGGAAACCUCCUCUCUGCUGGACAUACAGAGACCCUCAGAGGUCCUGAUGACCUCUAUACUGUCAGCAGCAGAGUGACUGUGGAGAAGAGACAUAACAACAACUUGACCUGCAGAGUCCAACAGAAGAACAUCAACCAGAGCAGAGAGACACACAUACAUGUUUCAGAAUACUUAAAUCUUGCUGCAUCACCUGAUGCACCUUGA